AUGGUUGUGAUACUUCUCCGUAGUCUUUCUCCAUGGUGUAACGAUAUCCCGGAUAUUGACGUCACAGCCAAACUUCAUGCUUUUAAAAUUGAUAUCGGAACAGAUGAUGUAAAGACUGUACUGGAUAUUACAUCACAAAACUUGACGGAAGGAUCUGAUCUGAUUGAUUUUGUAGACGACACGGAUUCAAGUUUCGUAUCAUCUUUGUCAGUUUUUAAUGAUUCAGAUGUAGUUGCAGUUUUGAAUGAAGAUUACAAAACAUGGGUUUCUGUGAAAUUUCAGUUCAACAUUGAAAAAAUUACAACAAGAUAUUAUCAAAAUAUUCAGCCUCUGGUCUUAGGCAACGUUUCAACAUUGGAUCAUGCAAAGAGCGAUAUUAUUGGUUCUUCGUCAUUAGAUUAUCUGAAUGCGAUUGGCUCGUUGCUUGCUAAUGGAGCAAUGGAAACGUCAGUUGUUAUAAGGAUGAUAACAUUGAAGGAUAAAAGACCCACUCAUGAGAAAGGAGUCACAACGAUGAUAGAAAAACGAUAUGAUGAAAAGGACGAGCAGUCUAAUGAAUUAAAUAUGAUCGAUGUAAAGUUUACACAGACGAAAGAAUUAGAAAAGGAAGUCAACAUUCUUGUGAACAGCAUUUCGCUUAUUGUGAACGUCGAAUUUUUAUUGCUUCUUUCACGUGUGUUUACUGACUCGUUUGAUGAAAAUGCUCAUAAAGACGUAGAGAGUAAAGCUAUUGCCGAGGCAAAAAUCCUAUCGACAGAGCUUGCUAUCCCGUCAACAGGGACACCAAAUGUCGUUAAUAAUAGCUCAUCGCUUGAAGUAAAGUUACAUGUUAAAAAACCAGAGAUCUAUUUCUUGGCUGAUGCGAAAUUGGCUAAUACCAACACUCUUAUUGUGAAGAACAAUUUGGAUGUCACUUUAACAACUGUGGAUAAGAAAAUUUGUUUUCAGACCAACUUGCGAGAUAUUCAUGUUGUAACAGCUUCUUUUGAGAAAAGUCGCCGUGAUAUUCUCAAGCUGAUGUAA